CAUUGAAACAAAAUGAUUGAUCGCAACCCUCAACAGCCCACUUGCCUUCCUGCCGGCCGGUAUGAAUUCAAGGACGCUGGAAUCUACAUCGGUGAGUGGCUGAAUGAAAAAGCGGUCGGGCUGGGCCUGAUUACCAAGGACAAAUGUCAAGGGGAAUAUACCGGCCUCUGGGAUGCAGGAAUGGAAAAAAGCGGUGUCUUUCUUUGGCCCAAUGCACCUGGUGCGAUGUACGAGGGUGAAUGGGCUAACAACCGUCGGAACGGUCAUGGUAUCUUCACUCGUGAAGAUUGGGUGAUUAUGGGAAAAUUUGUGGAUGACUUUAUCUCUGUCGGAGUCAAAUGUAAGGAGAACUCGAUUGGACGUUUCGAAGGGGAAUUCGAGAAUGGAUUUCCCAGUUUCGGUGUGGAAACCUACGCUGAUGGCGGAAGUCGUCACUCGAGGAGCCAGUCAAUCAACGCGCGAACACGUGAUGUGGAUCGGAUAAUUGAAGAACGAGUGACNCUAAGAAGUCGUCACUCGAGGAGCCAGUCAAUCAACGCGCCAACACGUGAUGUGGAUCGGAUAAUUGAAGAACGAGUGACUCCAUAUCCCGCUAGAAGAAGUUACGCUGGCGAAUACAAAAACGGUAUUCGGGAUGGACUGGGUGUACGCACGUCCAUUCCAUACGGAGAAGUGAUCAAUUUCUUCCCCGAGGAAGCUGCACUGGCUGCCGAAAUGAAAGCAAAACGCCGUGCCGCACUGGAAGCGGCAGAAGCGUCCCAGAAACUUGGACGUCGUGGUAGCCUGCUAAGCCAACGUUCUGGUGAAGCUGCGGAGAUGGAAAAUCUUGAAGCACCCGAAGAAGAUGAACCAUUCUCCGGUCGCCGAGCCACACCAACUGGUGGAGUAUCAAACACCGCGGGACUUAGGGAGUUGCGUAUGUCGUGUAAAUUUCGUUGUGGAUUCGUCUUGUCUUCUCAGCGGAGCGAACUUGUGCAACGGCGUCAAGACAAACUCUCCGGGGUGAGCAAACCACGGCGCGGUAGGGACGUAGUCCCACGAUCUGGACACCACAGAACCCGCUCGCUAACCAAUUUGUUUACACGUUCGUUAAGUCGCGAAUCUAUCCACCGUUUCAAACGUCAAGGUAGUGCAAGUGAACGCACCACCUACGGGAAAGUAGAUGAGACUACACCAGAAUCGGUAUUUACUUUGGAUCAGGAGGACGCUAUCGAUCCGGAGACGGUCGAAACAUUUGCCGGACAGUGGGAAAACGAUACACGACACGGAUAUGGUGUGUGUGAGCGGUCGGAUGGAGUCACCUAUGAAGGUCAGUGGUUUAAGAACCAGCGACAUGGCUAUGGGCAAACACGCUUCCAAGAUGGCACAUGUGAGCAAGGUCGCUACCAGUACGGCAAGUUGGUUUUUCUCUCUUGGUCCAAAGGAACCAAACCACACAUGCUCCUGUAUAAUUACCACAUCAAAAUGGGGGUGGGAAGUUCCGUCAAACGCGCCCGGGUGAUUGCGGAACAAGCGAGACUGCGUGCAACAGAAGCCAGAGAGAACCUCGAAAACGUUCACAUGAUAGUGGAACUGUCGAAAAAGGCGGCCGAACUGGCUCGAGAUUAUUCUCUUGAAACAAGAGAACUGGUAAAAGAAAUGUAUCCAGACUUUGAGCAGCCAGGAAUCAAAUAUUUAGACGACAUGGUACGCCUCAUGCGUGUUACAAAACGUGGUAAUCUGGCCUUCGAAUCCGCGUUGGAAGCGGCGCAAGGCGUACUAGCUGGGGUUACCACAGGACUGACAGUAGAUCCAAAUGCCAAGCAAGAGUCGACUGGAGAAGACGGUAAAGAGUUUGAAAUGGACAGUCGGCGAUCUAGCAGAAACCUCGAAGUACGAACCAAAGGCAGUUUGAUUUCUCGAGCUGGAUCUUAUCGGAUUCGUCGUCUGGCCAAAGGUAAAGCCGAUGAUGGAGAGAGACCAAACAGUGACCGGGACAGGGGUCAGAAAUCAGAAGGUCGGACCAACCUAUACAUUUCCCCAGAUAUGAAUCCGGACAAAAUGCCGAGUCCAUCACCCAGUCAGCCACUGACUCUGGUCGUACCACAGAUAACGAACUACGAGACCAAUUCGCCCACAGAUUACAACGACUAUUCAACCUAUGGGACACAAUUCCGUGAUUACAGGAACCCAAUGUACCUCAACAUUCCGGGUGAACCAAACUUGUUUGACCCAAUGGACUCCAGAAUCCCAGUAAACCACAACGAUCACCCACGUCCUGAAGGGACAAAUAUCAGUCGAAGCCCAUCGGUCAAAACUACCUACGUCGAGAUCCCAAGAAUUACCGAAUUACACCCCGAGUCCGAAAUCCCCAGCGUGCCACUAUCCAAGCUGAUGACCAACACAAAUCUCCUCACCGACCAUUUUGGUCAGUAUACAGCUCCCGUUGGACAGGAACUAGACCAAAAGACACAACAACCCUCUCCGACCAGUCACUCAGGUGCAGCAGAACCACAGCACCCGUUGGACGGUCCCCUGAUUCCUCAGUCACCGGGUCAGCUAACUUCGACUUUAGUCGAACCUAACCCUAAUGUCCUCGUUCGAAGACGCACAGUUCCUGUGUUUCUCACCCAGCGUCCAAUCCUAUCCAAGCCACAACGAAAUAUGAAGAACGUUCCAGAUGCUGAGGCGAAACGGGUAAAUUUGCAAUUCCGAGAACUUUUUUUCCCAAAUAUCUCGAUUCCUAAUGUGACUGAUAUAUGUCUUCCAUUUUUUGUAUGUGUGCAGAAUCAUAGACCAGAUGAUCCAGUCAGCCCAGUGCAGCACUCUCCAACCUCUCUCGCACCACCAACAUCCAACGAAUACAGCAUAGUGACUAACAUUCACCGAGAUCAAGUAUUAUGUAGCCGAGGUUCCGUUGAACUGAUCAAAGAAGAAGCGGAGGAUGCAGACAUCUAUUUGGUGGACGAAGGUGUCCGAAAAAUAAUGCACCCCCAGAUCAACUAUACGUUGUACUCACAAAGGAAAGGAGAUAAAGUGCGUGCGGAACCCCCGAUCAUGAGCAAUGCGCUGCCAAGCACGAAUAAACAACCACUGGCACUCACAUGUCAGGAAGAAAUUCCAAAAUGUGCAAAAGCGGAGGCUGGCGUACCCGGCGAAAAACUGUCCAUACCCAGUAGUAGAACCGUGAAUGACCUACCUGUGGUAUCCAACGUACUGCUCGAAGAGGUGCAAGACGAAUUGCCGGCGCUCCCAACCAGCUUCAAGGAAUCACGAUUGGAUCUGAGACAGGCUGGAGCCCGUUACAGCGUUCCGAACGUGGGCGACCAUAUGCAACACACCAUACCGCCAGGUCUAUCUGCGGACGAGUUGCUUCAACUAACGAAGGAAUCCGAGGCAAAACGAGCCGAAGAUUUGGCCAGAAGGAGACAAGGCGAAAUUGUGAUUCACUUCACUGAUUUGCUGGACUGGUGCAACCGUAACGUGAUUCUGUUGCUUGUACUACUAAUCAACGGAACUCUGGUCUACCUAUUCGCUCGACUGAUGCAAGAUGCAACACCAACAGAGGGCGAGUAAAAAAAACACUUUUAUCGAUUUCUGUCAACUGUACGGACGCAGUGUGUAUCCUUCGGACACGUCAAUGGAAAUGGCAAUCCCCGGUGCGUUGUCGCUGAUGGACUAUGAGGACUAGUUUCCCCUCUGGACAAUGCUAGAUCUGUGAUUCGAAUCCUGCUUUCCCACAUCACCCCGCCUCCGAAACGUGGCUAAGUCCCACGCUGUGUUAGUGAGCAGGCCACUAGAACUACCAGUUUACCGCUGCUCCACAUCCGAUCGACCGCUAAGGCGGACGAUCGAAAUGAGCGCCUUUUUUGGUAUCCACUACGGCGAUGUUACGUAGAUCUCUUUCUCUCUCUACCCCUCUCUCUAUUUUUCCCACCUUUCGUAUUAUUUGCAAGUUUCCUCCCUAGCGACUGUUUCCUUUCGACAAAAAUCAGGACUGUUUGGUUGCCCAACCCCCCGGACCAAACAAUCCUUGCCGCCAAUUCCAAGUUCUAUAGAACGUUUCGGAUUGAUCAAUAAUUGUACACUGUAUAAAAAGUAACAGUCAACCACAAAAAGUACCGUGUUGUAAACCGAC